AUGUCGAAGGGAAGCUCGAGAACGGUAAGCGCCAGCCGAGCCAUCUCUUCAAAAGACGACGACGACGACAACAACAACAACAACAAUUUUUUCUCCAAGCUCAGUAGAGAAAGGCACAACCCUUCGAAGCAGGGGGAUGCAUCCUUCCGCGUACCGUACUACGGUGGGGCCCACUGCGCCGUACCAUUCCUCUGGGAGUCCGAGCCAGGCACCCCCAAGCACCCGCACGGCCACGGCCUAACUACGCCCCCACUCACCCCUCCGCCGUACUACUUCCGUGGGCCCCACGUGCAGAGUAGUAAUAAAACGACGACCAAAAGCUCGUCGAUAUUUCCCAAAAUGCCCUCCUCCAAGAAAUUCAACAAAUUACACAACUCCAACUCAUCCCCUCUGUUUUCGCCCCACUCGUCUUCGUCGUCCUCCUUAAAUACACACUGA